GUGCGCAUCGAGUGCGGGCAGUUCCGAAGACCCAAGAGGAAGGUAAACCUGCUGAAGCGGGCAGGUGGCUGGCGGUCCGGCCCGUGAAGGAGCUGCCGGGAGCUCGUGCCCUGCAGAAAGACGCACGGCCACCAACACGCACUCACUUGCCUCUUUGCAUCCUAGGACAUGACACAAGUGGCACAUCCUGGCCAUGGGGUCCCAGCAGUCCGCUUAUGCUCACCCCCCUUCUUGCAAGCGGAAGAAGGCAGAUGACAGGGAGGAUUUGCUGGCUGAACGGGAGCAGGAAGAAGCCAUUGCUCAGUUCCCAUAUGUGGAGUUCACAGGGCGAGAUAGCAUCACCUGUCUCACGUGCCAGGGGACAGGCUACAUUCCAACAGAGCAAGUAAAUGAGUUGGUGGCUUUGAUCCCACACAGUGAUCAGAGAUUGCGUCCUCAGAGAACGAAGCAGUAUGUCCUCCUGUCUGUUCUGCUCUGUCUCCUGGCAUCUGGUUUGGUGGUUUUCUUCCUGUUUCCACACUCGGUCCUCGUGGAUGAUGACGGCAUCAAAGUGGUGAAAGUCACGUUUAAUGAGCAGGACUCCCUUGUAAUCCUCGCCAUCACGGCCACCCUGAAAAUCAGGAACUCCAACUUCUACUCUGUGGCGGUGACCAGCCUGUCCAGCCAGGUUCAGUACAUGAACACCGUGGUUGGGUCAUAUGUGACAACUAACAUCUCCCUCAUUCCACCUCGGAGCGAGCAUCUGGUGAAUUUUACCGUGAAGGCUGAGAUGGGAGGACCAUUUUCCUAUGUGUACUUCUUCUGCAGGUUACCCGAUAUCCUGGUGCACAGCACAGUGGUCUUCAUGCGAACUUCAGUGAAGAUUUCCUACAUUGGCCACAUGACCCAGAGCUCCCUGGAGACACAUCACUAUGUGGAUUGUGGAGCAAAUUCCACAGCUGUUUAGAAACUGCUCGUGGUUCUUCCAUGGCAGCACCUGUCAGAAGAGACACAGCAUCUGUUUCCGGGGCCUGAGCCCUGUACCUACCCCAGGGGGUAGAACCAGAGGAGAAAUUGGUUCUCUUAGUCCCCAGCAGACGUCCUCCUGCCACUAGGGAGGAAAACUCCUCUCUGUAGCGCCAUUUAAUUUUCUCAGAACCAGCAGGAUCACUGCCUAGUGCCUAGCCUAUGCCCAGCAAAUAGUAGGCACUCAAAGAAGGUUUGAAGAGUUUAACUGAGAUCUUUUCAACUGUUCUUGGGCCAUUAUCAGUUAAAAUCAUACCAUGGUUCUAGGGUAUCAGACGACAGAGUGAUCCGGAAAUAAGACGGUCGGUGCAGUUGCAGAACUGUUUUCGGGGCCUCAUCACAGAAGAGGCAGCAGGGAGGGAGCAUUUGGAUACAUUAAAGAAGAAAGCACAGACCAUUCAAUAUGUGAAAUUUAUUCAUCUGCUUCCAAAUGCCUAGGAACUUUAUUAAAGAAAAAAAAAUAACUUUUUUUUUCCUGUAGAAAGUUAAAACUGUUUUUACCAAGAGUCUGUGGGGUCUGAUUUACCCUUCAUCCAUUGGCUGGAACAUGGAUUGGAGAAUUUGGUAGAAAAGUAAACCCUGCUUUUGAUUCA